UAUACCCUUCAAAGCCUCUUAACACUUUUCAACAAUAUUCCAUAUUUAUUGUACCUAUGGCCAAAAAAACUAAUAAAUUGAAGUUCUUUUAUUUAUUAAAGUCUUGCUCAUUUCUAACAAAAAAUUAAACGAUUUCAUGCCCUUCUUAUGUUUGUCAUUGUUAUACACUUUUAACGCCUAAAACAGCCUUCAAUAAAUAUUAAACAAUUUUUUGUAGUUUUCUCUUGCUUUUUAACAGACAUGAAAUGUUUCCAGGUAUUAAUCUUCGAGAGAACUCUCACGUAAUUUUGGAUGAGAAACUUGAUGGUUAAUAGCUUCGCAUCAACCAAUCCAUCAGCAACUAUGCCAGGAGCUUCGCGCAUGAUGAAUAAGAAAAAACGGCCAAAAACACUAGCCAUAUGCCUGGUACCGCUACUACUCUUCUUUGCUCUCGACAUCAUUCUCACAAUGAUCUUUGGAUCAUUUGAAUCAAGUCCAACAAGAACUCAAGGUAUGACAUCUAACAUUAAAACACAAAUAACCAAAAAUGAUUUCUGAAGGUGUUUUACAACAAUACUACAUAAUACAUACACAGAAACCAACCACAUGACGCUCAUAAGCCUAUGGGUCCCUAUUUUGUGGUUAGUAUUGUGUAUAACAUUUCUCAAUGUUUUAUCAUUAUUUUGGUCUUACAAUCAAGCUUGAUAAUAAAUUUCCAUACUCGCUUGCUUAAUCUGCGAGCUAACCUUAUUUGUUUUUCACUUUCAUCUAUGAUAAACAUGUUUUGAACCUUUUUUCAUGUGUGUAGAUUUUGACAUAGAAGAAGCAAAAGGCGCACAAAAAUGGGAGAGCCCUGAGCCCACAUGGUCAAUCACAUGUGAUCAUUCUCGUUUUGAGUACGAUAUCUGCUAUAUCAACCGUCCAUGCGUCUUCAAUCCAACAACUGCAACUUUAUCUUCAGAAGACCCUACAAACUCUACCCCACCAUUAGUGGAAAGGAUCCGCCCCUACCCUCGCAAAUGGCAACACAACGCCAUGGAAAAAGUUAAGGAGGUCACCCUGACCACAGCCCCACUCUACUCUCCAUGUGCUGUCACACACACUACCCCAGCCAUAGUAUUCAGUGCGGGUGGAUUCACCUCAAAUGUUUUCCAUGAUUUCAAUGAAGGCUUCGUUCCGCUAUACAUCACUAUUGAUUCAUUCUUUGUCAAUCAAGAUGUCAUUCUCGCGAUCGUGAAUUGUAGCGAUUGGUGGCUUCAUAAGUACAGGGAGCUACUUGCACGCUUGACGAGACACCCGAUCAUCAACCUCGACAAAGAAACAACCACCCAUUGUUUCCCAUCGGCGAUCGUAGGGCUAAUGUCACACGGUCCGAUGACAAUAGACCCCACAUUACAACGAGGGCCCAACCGCAAAACCAUGCUCGAUUUCCAUGCCCUAUUAGUAUCUAUAUAUGGCCAUCCCCAAAGCCAUGACCGUGCAUUUGCAUUGCCAUUUGGGCACCGGCCACGGCUCGUGCUGAUGAGCCGCAGCCACCACCGCGUGAUUAUGAACCAAGACGAGGUCAUAGAAGCCGCAAAGGAUGUAGGGUUUGAUGUGGUUGUCUACGAGCCAACUCGGGAGACCCCCGUGCAAGAAACCUUUAGGGUUCUUCACGGUAGCCAUGCAAUGGUAGGAGUUCAUGGUGCAGGACUAACAAAUGAGUUGUUCCUUCGGCCUGGGGCAGCGUUCAUGCAAAUUGUGCCAAUAAGAAACAGUUGGUUAGGUGACAUAUGUUAUGGAAAGCUUGCUGUUCGUCUGGGAUUAGAGUACCUAGUCUAUGACGUUGCCAUUGAAGAGAGCAGCUUAGCCGAUAAAUUGCCAUCGGACCUGUUGGAUCCAAAUGAUCAAGGAGGCAUGUUAACGAGAGAUUGGUCUAACUGGGAUAUAUAUAUGAACCAAAAUGUAACUCUAAACUUGCCUAGGUUUAGGAAAUAUUUAGUGAGGACUUACGGGAAGGCUAUGAUGUUCAUGCAGAAUGCAGAUAACUAGACCAAAAUCACAGAAGUUAUAAGCAUGUAAUU